AUGGAAUCCUCAAACCAUUAUGGUCCAACCGAAGGUUUUGUAAACCUUUUAACGAGUCAGAUUGGUAAUGAAGGGUUCUCGCACGUCAUUGAUCUUGGAUCAUCAGAAGUUCCUGUGUUCAGCACACCAACUUCUGAUGAACCAAGCCCAGUAGUUAAGCAAACGGCUCAAAGAACUAAGUCGACACCAAAGGAGGAUGUCAUUCUCAUAAGUCUUGCAGGUCAGCCAAGCCGAGGAAUAGGGCAAUGCAAGCAACGCUGGUGUAGGAUUAAUGACCAGGUGUGCAAGUUCGUCGGAUGUUAUGAGGCAACUACGAAGGAGAAGUCCAGCGGCCAGAGUGAGAACGACAUCAUGAAAGCUGCGCAUGAGAUAUUUUUCAGUAAUCACAUGGUGAAGUUCAGCCUAGAAAACACUUGGAGGGAAUUAAGACACAAUCAGAAAUGGUGUAGAUCAUCCUCUCUCAAAGACAGUGGACACUCAAAACGGAAGAAUUUUGGUGAACCAACUUCGGCUCAGUCAGUAAGCAACACCGUUGGAGGAAGCAAUGAAGAUGAUGUAUCAGAAGUGCGACCACCGGGUGUGAAAGCAGCCAAGGCAAAAGCAAAGAAUACAAACUGUGGGAAAGAAGAAGGAAAAGCACGUCAAGACUUUGAUAGCUUAUGGGAGUGUAAGCAGAAGGAUUUGGAGAUGAAGGCCAGGCUUGCUAAACACAAAACCCUCGACAAUCUAUUAGCGAAGACUGAACCACUAUCUGAAAUCGAGGAUGCCCUGAAGACCAAGUUAAUUAAUGAGUUGUUGGGUUGA